CUUGAAUCAUACUCCGUGAUGCCCUAUCACUGUUGGUAUUGUGGCGAAUCCUCAGACGAUUACGAAUUUUAUUUGCAACAUCAAGUCACAGCAAGCUUCACAGUCCAUUUUCGUUCAGGUGAUUCCGUUACUGUGCAUCGAGCGUCUGAUGAAGAUGGAGGAUGUUGCAAAAUCACUUCUCCUCAUCCAGGCUUCUAUCAAAAUCACAUCGUAACACAAAAGCUUGUGGUUUGGAAUGAUAAUGGAAUACCGUUCAUUCUUCAUCGCAAUCCCAAAACACAUGCGAAUGACACAAAAAGAAUCUUGGCUCUUUUGAUGGCAUUUUGGGCAAUUGGAAAGGUUAGCUUCGUCCAUGAUGUAUGGUUGGCUGGAAUCUUGUUAAUCGUUGAUGAAGAAAAAGAAGAAAGAUGA